AUGGUCAUUGUUUUGCCUGGAUUAUUUAUGAUCCAAGAAUCACCAGCAGAAUUAAAAUAUUUUUUGAAUGGCCCAAACACUGUUCUGUCGAGAGGUUGCAAUUUGUGUGAACAAUGGGGAGGAAAAGAUAGCAUAAUGAUGCCAUUAUUUUUUGCAAAAUUAAGAUCCUCAAUACUCAAAUGCGAUCCAUGGUCCAAUAAUAAUAAUACAGGUCGUUCUGUUGUACUUUUUACAUGGUUAUGGAAGCGUUUAAGAAAUAAGAUAAAGUCUUCUUCUUGCAUCAAACCAGAAGGAUUAGCUGAACCUUUGGAACCUGGUGGACCGUUUGCUAGAAAAUGA